AUUUUCAAAAAAUGCAUACGGUUACGUAUAACUUUUCGAUUAGGUUAUUUUCGGAAAAUGUGAUUACUAUCUAACGUUCAAUUAUACAAUGUGGGGAGAUGUUUAACGAUAACAAUGUGAGCCUUCAAAACCAGGUAGAAAAUAUGAAGUGCCCUAAAUGUGGGAUAGAAGGGGACGGGAAGUUCUGCCAGGAAUGUGGGACAAAACUUGUUGUAAAAGCAAAGGUGGUACUGUGCCCUGGAAAAGAUGAUGACGGUAUUCCAUGCAAUGCUGAAAUAUCAUCUGAUCAGAAAUUUUGUAAAAACUGUGGACAUCCAGUUGAUAAAGCUUGGUUUUGGACUGGGAAAUGUGGAAAAUGUGGAGCAGCAUGUCCAGAGAGGCAGAAUCUUUGUGCCUCAUGUAUAACGGCACAAAUAUCAGAACUGUACAAGCCAAAUUAUUCCUCUAAUAACAGCAGGUAG